UAAUUUCCCAAAAAAGAAGAGCGAGAGACUAACAAUGGCGAUGGAAGUAGCAACUCCGGUUAAUGCACCGACGCCAUCUCCGGCGACCAACCUCAUUGUGUCAGCAACAACCGCGGUGGAAACUCAGAAGAAGAACAGGAUCCAAGUGUCUAACACCAAGAAACCCUUGUUCUUCUACGUUAACCUCGCCAAGAGAUACAUUCAACAACACAACGAGGUCGAGCUUUCUGCACUUGGAAUGGCGAUCACAACAGUGGUUACUAUCUCAGAAAUUUUGAAGAACAAUGGACUUGCAACAGAGAAAAAAGUUCUGACAUCAACAGUGGGAAUGAAGGACGAGAACAAAGGGAGAGUAGUUCAGAAGGCCAAGAUUGAGAUUGUAUUGGGGAAAUCAGACAAAUUCGAUUCUCUGAUGACUCCGUUGACCAAAGAUACGGUGGUGCCGGAGGAGAAAGCGUUGAACACUGAGGAGAAACCAAUAGAAGCUGAAGUUAAACCUGAAGGCAAGGAGUGAUCAUGUAAACAAAUUUCUACGUGUUUCGAGUGUUAAACAUAAGUUUCUUUGCAUAAUGAGCAAACUUUGCUUCAUUACUAACUAAAAAAAAACAAAUCAAAAAUUUUUUUUGUGGAGUUAUAGAAAGACAA